CAGCAUCUGGUUCUUAACUGGCUCAACAUGGAUGGGCUCUACUUCAUCUGUCGCCUUCUACACGAUUUCGUCAUCGCCCUCAAGUCUCAUCGCAUUUCCCUCUGUAGAUCCUCCAUAGUCACCGAAGCUCCAGCCUCUUCACAUGAGCUUUCGCAAGUUGACAUCUGGCACUUUUUGGUUCCUGUUGUAGUGCGCAUCCUGCUCCGAGCCACCACUCGUUGCUGGCAAGCUCGAGUCAGACUGGCUGAGAAUGCGGAAAAUCUAAUCGAUCUGAUACAUGGAUUAGGAUACGGUUUUCGAACUUCAUUCCGCGAUCUGUAUGGUUAA